GCCAUCUCUCUUCCUAAACCAGAGUACAGCCUGUCUGCAUCCAUUCCUAGUGACAUCAUCACCAGCUGUAAACUGAGCAGUCUUCAACUUGAAGGGAUUCUCUAUGCUUGCCAGCGUCACCAGCAUAUUUUACCUGAUGGAAGAAGAGCAGGGUUCUUCAUGGGAGAUGGGGCGGGUGUGGGUAAAGGAAGACAGAUAGCCGGGAUUCUCCUGGACAACUUUGCUCGUGGUAGAAACAAACACAUCUGGUUCAGUAUCUCUACAGAUCUGAUUGUAGAUGCUAGAAGGGAUCUGACUGACAUAGGCUGCCACGUGAAGGUCAUUGAAGGCUGUCAGCAACUGGACAGAGAAACAAGAGUUCUUGGUCUGCCAGCAGGGUUUAAAGAAGGAGUCAUCUUCAGUACUUAUGCAACACUGGUGUCAUCUGUGCAGAAAGGUGGCAGUUCAAAGCAAUCCAGGCUUAAACAGCUGGUGGAUUGGUGUGGGGGAGAGGACUUUGAUGGAUGCCUCAUAUUUGAUGAAUGCCACAAAGCAAAAAAUUUUGUCCCUGGCAAAGAGCAAGCCAGCACCAAGGUGGCCAUGGCAGUUGUCACAGUGCAGAGGUUAUUGCCAAAAGCUCGUGUAGUGUAUUGUAGUGCCACGGGUGUCACUGAUGUUAAGAACAUGGCAUUUAUGGAGAGGCUUGGACUGUGGGGAGAUGGAAUGCCUUUCAAGUCAUUUGAACACUUUAUGGAGUCUGUGCACAGAAAGGGGCUGG